GGAUGAUUUCCCAGCUGUCUAUCACAGCCUUCUGGUUUCAACCAGUGUGCCUGAAUGCACAUUUUGACUCGGACCCUUCCCAAUCCAGGCCGUAGGCGAGGUCAAGGAUAGCAGGGUUCGGUACACGAAUCGGGUUCUUGGUAGGUCCAUGUCCAAACGCCAACAGACAGGAGCCAUGUGGGACUGUCAGUCGAAAUAUGUCUGCAUCUUCCUCCUGCUGGCUCUGUCAGGCCUCUUCUUCCUGUUCCGUAACAUCAACAUUCUGGAGUGGAAGCUCAACAGUACAUUGGACUUAAGCAGCAUCCGCUCCGAGGGCUCUCCUCCUGGCCUCGAUCGCAAGCUGAGCUUCUUCUGUAGCCACCUGGUCCAGGAGCCCUCUAUCGAGGAGGCUCUGGAAGAUAGUCCCCCCCUGGAGUCCAUCGCUGGGCCAGAGCCUCUGGCCGUGACGACACCCCUGGACCAGACCAGUGACCCUGCACACAGUCUGUUUGCAAUCCUUCCAGCAGGGGGAGGGAGAGAGAGGCACGUCGGGGACCAGCUAGAGGCUCUGGUCCUUAUGAACGAUUUCCAGAGGCGUCCCAAGAGCCGUGGCGGGGACUUCCUGCUGGCCCGGCUGCACUCCCCAGAAUUGGGUGCGGGCGUUGCAGGACAGGUACUAGACCACUUGAAUGGGACCUACUCUGCUAUUUUUCCAUUACUCUGGGAAGGGUCUGUAUGGGUGGAGGUGACACUGGUCCAUCCUAGCGAGGCAGUUUAUCUUCUACGACGCUUACAAGAGGAACGGCUAAACUGGGUGCCUUCCAAGAGCCUGUUCCGUUCUGGAUUAUUGUCUGAGACCACCGAGUGUAACCUGUGUCUGCCGAACAACCAGCAGCCACUGUGCGAUUACACAGACCCCCGUACGGGGGAACCUUGGUUCUGCUAUAAGCCCAAGCAGCUGGCUUGUGACACGCGGAUCAACCACUUCAAGGCAAGCUCCCAGACAUAUCUGCAACAUCUGACCAGCAAAGAAGCGCUGCUCUUCCAGAGUGGCAUCAACAUCAACGUGCAUAUUCAUGCAACGGGGUCUGACAGCGUCACUGUGCUGCCAAAGGAGAAAGACAAACCAGAUGAGGAAAGCAGCAGUGUAGCGGCAGCACCUAUCAGGACCCCUCCCCUCCCCUCCAGGACCCCUCCCUCUGGGUAUUACUACCAAGGGUCAUGGCGGGCGCUGGAUGGUGUCGUAAUACGCCAGUUUAACGACCCCGCUGCCGUUAUCCAGUGUCUGAAGGGCAAGCAGGUGUACAUGUACGGAGACUCCACCGUUAGACAGUACUAUGACUACCUCACCAGCUUUGUGCCAGAGCUGAAGAAGUUCAACCUUAGAAGUCAUGUGAGAGCGGGGCCAUUCAUGGCAGUGAAUAUACCCAACAACAUCCUGUUGAAGUACCGCUGCCACGGACCCCCCAUAUUCUGGCCCCCUCUCAGUGUCAGUCAGCUGCACUAUGUAGCUAAUGAGCUGGACGGCCUGGCCGGUGGUUCAGACACUGUUGUCGUCAUCAGCGUUUCGACCCAUUUCAGCUUUUUCCCUCUGCAGGCCUACAUUCGCCGACUACGACGUAUUCGAAAGGCGGUGGUUCGCCUUCUGAACCGAGCUCCGGGGACCGUAGUAGUUGUGCGCUCUGCCAACCUGGACCAAAGGAAGGACAACUUCAUCAACAGUGACUGGAUCUUGACCCAGCUGGACAGGGUGCUCAAGGCCAUGUUCAGGGGUCUGGAUGUGAUGCUGCUGGAUGCCUGGGAGAUGACCCUUGCCCACCACCUCCCCCAUGAUCUUCACCCAGCCCCCCCCAUCAUCAAGAACAUGAUAAACACAAUCCUCUCUGGUGUCUGCCCCCUAUCAUCAAGAACAUGAUAAAUAUUGAAUAAUGUUGUAGCCAACAAAGUGUCCUUCUUAGUUGUCUGUGUCUCUUCGAUGACUUGUCAUGUAGUCUGGAGCAGAAGGUUCCCUUCGUUCUGGAAGGUUCUGGUCCUUAAACGUUUUUGUAUUUCUUCUUCCUGAAAAGUCUGACGAGACAAAAUAAAGUUUGGGCUUUUUUUUACGUGAUUCUUUGAAUGUCUUGAGUGUUUUUAAACUGUGCGGGUCUGACCACAAGGGUUAAUGGCAUCACAAAACAAUCAAUCAACCAUAUGACAUUAGUUUUCCAUAUCUCCGCACUGACCAUUCCCAUUCACGUUCUUUAUGUUAGAAUUAUUGUUCCAUUAUCCACUUUUUUGGACGUUAGAGUUUUUGGGCGGGCAAAAGUCUCUGGAGACAAAGGGACAGUCCUUUAGCCAACACUGGAGGGUAGAGAGCGAGUACUCUCAAUUUACUGCUUAAUUUACGACCUGGUGUGGAGGUGUCAAAACCGGCCCAGUGCCCUCCUGGUCUGGUUGUUAUCAGCUAUUGUCAAGCUGAUCUGACCCAUUGUGAUCCUCACAGGACAACCAUGACACUUGUUAAAGGUACAUUUGUGGAAUUUCUUUCCUUCUAAAUGCUUUUGAGCCAAUCAGUUGUGUUGUGAGGGGUGGUAUACAGAAGAUAGCCAUAUUAUGGCAAGCACAGCUCAAAUGAGCAAAGAGAAACGAUAGUCCAGAAUGACUUUAAGUCAUGAAGGUCAAUCAAUCCGGAAAAUGUCAAGAACUUUAAAAGUUUCUUAAAAGUGCAGUUGCAAAAACCAUCAAGCGCUAUGAUGAAACUGGCUCUCAUGAGGACCGCCACAGGAAAGAAAAACCCAGAGUUACCUCUGCUGCAGAGGAUAAGUUCAUUAGAGUUAACUACACCUCAGAUUGCAGCCCAAAUAAAUGCAUCACAGAGUUCAAGUAACAGACACAUCUCAACAUCAACUGUUCAGAUGAGACUGUGUGAAUCAGGCCUUCACGGUCGAAUUGCUGCAAAGAAACCACUACUAAAGAUCACCAAUAAGAAGAGACUUGCUGCUUGGACCAAGAAACGCAACCAAUGAACAUUAGACUGGUGGAAAUCUGUCCUUUGGUCUGAUGAGUCCAAAUUUGAGAUUUUUGGUUCCAACCGCCGUGUCUUUGUGAGAUGCAGAGUAGGUGAACGGAUGUUCUCCGCAUGUGUGGUUCCCACCGUGAAGCAUGGAGGAGGAGGUGUGAUGGUGCUUUGCUGUUGACAUUGUCUGUGAUUUAUUUAGAAUUCAAGGCACACUUAACCAGCAUGGUUACCACAGCAUUCUGCAGCGAUACACCAUUCCAUCUGGUUUGUGCUUAGUGGGACUAUCAUUUGUUUUUCAACAGGACAAUGACCCAAAACAAACCUCCAGGCUGUGUAAGGGCUAUUUGACCAAGAAGGAGAGUGAAGGAGUGCUGCAUCAGAUGACCUGGCCUCCACAAUCACCUGACCUCAACCCAAUUGAAAUGGUUUAGGAUGAGUUGGACCGCAGAGUGAAGGAAAAGCAGCCAACAAGUGCUCGGCAUAUGUGGUAACUCCUUCAAGACCGUUGGAAAAGCAUUCCUCAUGAAGAUGGUUGAGAGAAUGCCAAGAGUGUGCAAAGCUGUCAUCAAGGCAAAGGGUGAAGAAGAAGAUUCUUAUUUGAAGAAUAUAAAAUAUAAAAUCUAUUUUGAUUUGUGUAACACCUUUUUUGGUUACUACGUGAUUCCAUAUGUGUUAUUUCAUAGUUUUUGAAUUUUUCACUAUUAUUCAACAAUGUAGAUAAUAGUACAAAUAAAAUCAAGAAAUGAGUCGGUGUUUCCAAAAUGUUGACUGGAACUGUACCCAUAAAGACUCACUGCUGUAGUCGCUGCCACAUGUGAUUCUAACACUCAGGUGUGUGAAUACUUAUGUAAAUUAGAUAUUUACAUUUUACAAACAUUUAAAAAAUAAAAAAAAUGUCACUUUGUCAUUAUGUGGUAUUUUGUGUAGAUGGGUGUAGAUGUUUUAAAUUCAGGCUGUAAUACAAUCCUUUCUAAAAAGUCACUGAAAUCAAUUAUCUGUGAAAUUCCAGAGUCUGGUGUUGUGUCUUUGGUAUCAUUAAAGGUGAAUACUGUUAUUGUAUCAAAUAAAUGAUGUGUAAUUAUUAUUAUUACGUGAUUAAACUAAUCAUGUCAAUUUAAUUACCUAGGAAGUUGGGGCACCACGGAAAAUAUUCAGAUUACAAAGUUACAAUUUUCCAAAUAUAACUCUUCAAAAUGUUUGAAUAUCUGAUCAAUUAGUCUUCUGUCAAUGAAUUAUUCUUUACCUCACGUCAGUCUCAUCUUGUCACGUUCUGACCUUUAUUUCUUUUGUUUUGUCUUUAUUUAGUAUGGUCAGGGCGUGAGUUGGGGUGGGCAGUCUAUGUUUGUUUUUCUAUGAUUUUGGGGAUUUCUAUGUUUCGGCCUAGUAUGGUUCUCAAUCAGAGGCAGGUGUCAUUAGUUGUCUCUGAUUGAGAAUCAUACUUAGGUAGCCUGGGUUUCACUGUUUGUUGGUGGGUGUUUGUUUCCGUGUCUGUGUUUUUCACCACACGUUACUGUUUUGGGUUUCGUUCGUUUUCACGUUUAUUGUUUUUGUAUUCAGUUGUGUUCAUGUUAAGUAUUUCUUAUUAAAAGAACCAUGGACACUUAUCACGCCG